UGAACUCCAUCUCAAGCGCAACUUCUGAAAUCUCGCGAUAAAAUAUGCGCAGAAUCUUGUGGGGUUCCCGCACAUGGGCGCGUGCGUGGUCUUUCUUGUUCUUGGGAGUUCGGAGGAACGCUACGGUCCCUCGUGCGUGGCGCACCUAAACAGUAAAUAUGGUGCUGUUACACGUGCUGUUUGAGCAUGCAGCUGGAUAUGCGUUAAUAGCUGUCAAAGAAGUUGAAGAGAUUGGGAUGCUUCUACCUCAGGUCGAGGAGAGCGUCCUAAAUGUUGGAAAGUUCAGCACAGUGGUCAGACUGAGUGCUUUCUUCCCCUUUAAAUCCGCCCAGGGUGCACUGGAAAAUAUCAAUGCCAUUUCAGAAGGAGUUGUCCAUGCUGAUCUCAAGUUGUUCUUGGAAACCAACCUUCCGUCCGGGGGUAAAAAGAAGCCCAUGUUGGGGGUGUCUGAUGCCAAACUAGGAGCAGCACUCCAAGAAGAACUCGAGCUGUCCAUUCAAACAGGAGGCGUAGUUGCUGAAAUAAUAAGAGGUGUGCGUCUGCACUUCCAUUCUCUGGUCAAGGGCCUCACUGCACAGGCAGCGUCCAAAGCUCAACUGGGUUUGGGUCACAGCUACUCCAGAGCCAAGGUCAAGUUCAAUGUUAACAGGGCCGACAACAUGAUCAUCCAGUCCAUCGCCCUCCUGGACCAACUAGACAAGGAUAUUAAUACGUUCUCCAUGCGUGUGCGUGAAUGGUAUGGCUACCAUUUCCCAGAGCUGAUAAAGAUAGUGAGUGAAAACAGCACGUACUGUAAGCUGGCCAGGUUGAUCGGGAACAGGAAGGAACUGACCGAGGAAAGGCUGGAAGCCAUUGAGGAGAUCACCAUGGACAGCGCCAAAGCUCAGGCCAUUCUUGAGGCUUCCCGCAGCUCUAUGGGCAUGGACAUCUCUCCUAUUGAUCUAAUCAACAUUGAGAGCUUCUCCAGUCGUGUGGUGUCCCUCACCAAUUACAGACAGGAGUUGCAAGAGUAUCUGCGUUCUAAAAUGGGCCAGGUGGCACCAAAUCUGGCGGCUCUCAUUGGCGAUGUGGUUGGUGCUCGUCUCAUCUCUCAUGCCGGCAGUCUGACCAACCUGGCCAAGUAUCCAGCCUCCACAGUGCAGAUCCUGGGUGCAGAGAAGGCCCUGUUCAGGGCACUGAAGACCAGAGGAAACACACCAAAGUAUGGUCUCAUUUUCCACUCAACAUUCAUCGGGCGUGCAGCCGCCAAGAACAAGGGCCGCAUCUCCCGUUACCUGGCCAACAAGUGCACUAUUGCAUCACGCAUUGACUGCUUCUCUGAGUUGCCCACCUGCGUGUUUGGUGACAAACUGCGUGACCAGGUUGAAGAACGUUUGGCCUUCUAUGAGACUGGCGAGGCUCCGCGGAAGAACUUGGAUGUCAUGAAAGAGGCUGUUGCACAGGCUAAUGAGGUGGCAUCCGAAAUCAAGCGGAAGCUUGAGAAGAAGGAAAAGAAGAAAAAGAAGCGGGAAAAGAGGAAACUAGAGGCUCUUUCCACAGCAGAAGGAGAGGAAGUAGAAGCCGAGAAGGCCAAAUCCAAUCGAGAAGCUGAGGAGAACGGAGAUGCAGAGGUGACUGCUAAGAAGAAAAAGAAAAAGCAAGCAGUGGAGGAACCUGAGGUAAAAGAGGAAGAGGUCACAACAAACGGUGUGGAAGAGGCCACGCCUGCCAAGAAGAAAAAGAAGAGGAAGAUUGAAGCUGUGGAAGCGGAGCCUGAAGAGGAGGUGGUGACGGAGAUGUCACAAGCCGAUCAGACUGAAAAGAAAAAAAAGAAAAAGAAAAAGAAGGCUGAGGAGGGGGAUGAAUAAAUUAAUUCCUCCUGACAGGACUUUUUCAGUAUUGUAAAGCUUCUUUUUUAGUUUUUUCAUUUAAGCGUUGGAGACUCUGUAUGGUCAAACAUUUUUGAAGAUGUUUGUGAGCCAAGCGCAAGAAAAGUGAUACAUUGACUGUUGUCAAACAUGUUUGUUUCUUUUAUACAAACUUGCUCUUUUUCCUGUGAAUCUCAAAGCACCUUUAUCUGGAACGAGUGGUUUAUCUCUGUGCCUUGAGUACUAAUAAAAUAGCAAUCUUUUGGCGUCGGUCAAAAGACUGUGUUAUGUGAAGCUUGACAUCCAAAACUCAUAUUUCCACCUCAAAGAUUAAAUGAUGCCUUAAAGCAGCGGACACCAAUUAGCGGAUCGCGGUCCGAUUCCUGACCCCGGUUUGGUUCCAUCUGGACUGCGAGAUAAUGACAACGGUUGUCCUAUCUUAACUUUUCUACAGUUUUAGUGAGCACUGCAUCAAAACAACAGAGCUAUACAGACCACAAGCACUCCGGGGCGAUCAGCGCUAUAUCAUUUCUCAAGCACCGAACACACUUCAUUCCUGCUCCGUGCGUGUUGCCUCUCUCGCUCGCGAUAUACAUGAGGCGUCGUAUAAAGCCUGAUUAGGCUACGUAGAGUUCCAGGCGCGGUUAUUUUAACAACAGCAGUGGAGACACGGUGAACUGCAAUAUAGAUGGAGACUGGCAUCUUUCACUAAAACACUACAGAAAAUGAGAAUAUAGCAAAGUGAAAAUAUCUUCAUCUGUCUGAUAAAUGACUUGGACGGUUCAGCUAAAGCAGGUUUGUGACGGGGACAAGUUCACGUGUCACUGUCACCUUUUUUCUGUCUAAAUUUAGCUUUAUUAAUCAGCAUGUUACGUGCCUUUCAUGACAAAGUUUGUUUUAAUUUUGUGAAAAUUAAUCAGAUGUCAUCAUCUCUGAUUAUUAGUUAUAAUUCAUAGAGAUAAUUGGUAACUAAUAAGUACUAGCCUGGCUAGUAGAGUUCUUUGCUUCUGAUGAGAACGUUCCUAUUAUUUCAUAGUCGGCCCAUUUAUACUUAAGCAAACAGUAUUUUUAAGAUGUUUAUUGUUAUUAGAUUAUCACUUUAGGAAAAUAUAAAAAUGGUCCAUUCAGACUUUUACAUUUUCAAAAUGUUGUCUAUGGGGUUACCCCUGAACCCCCAUACAGUAACCUAUAUUUAGUCAAAAGUACUCCCAUACAUAGUAUGGUAUCUGAAUGUAAAAAUAAAUAUUCAGAAUGUGAAAAUAUUCAAAAACAAGAACUGGUCUGCUGUCAACCAGCUUGAAUUGUUUUUUUUUUUUAUCUUGUAAUAUUAAUAUCCAACUGCCCUUGACUAAUGAACUCCCUGAAAUAUAUUAGCCUAAUCUUUUGGUUGAAAAGAUCCCUCAAACACCACUGCUUUGGCAUUGCAUCUUGGCAAUUUAAACAAUUUAACAGCUCAAAUAAUUAGUUUUAAAAGAAUGAAGUGCUUUUAUAAAAUUAUAAGCUUCAAAUUUUGGCCUUUAAACCCUCCAAAAAUUGGCCACAUUUACGUUCAUUGCAAGUUUCUCACUGUAGUUACAGUGAGGCACCUACAAUGGAUGUGAAUGUGGCCAAGAUUUUUUCUUUUUUAAUAAAGAAAAGCAGUGAUGAGUUGAAAUAAUGUUUUGUGGUGAUCAACAUUAUAGCACAUUCUGUUGAUUGAGCCUAACUUCUAUUGAGCCUGAAAUGUACCUUUAAAAGUCUUAGUUUUGAGGUGCUAUAACGUAUGGUAGAGUUUCUGGUUAAUUGCAGUCAUUACAGAUAUUGUUUUACUUAACCGCUGUAGAUAUUCAAAAUUAAAAUCUUGCCAGUUCUAUGAAUGUGUAACAUCUGAAAUAAUGCAUGUGGUGGUGUUGUCAAGCUGAUUUUGUAAUUACUGCCACUGUUGUAUUCUAAUAAUUUUAGGCUAUGCUUAUUGUGUGGCCUUUUAAAAUAUUCUGUAGAGCAUGCGAUGUUUGUCAUGUUGAAAUUACUGUAAUUACAAGAUUAUGACUGGAGCUGUUCACAUACUCUAAAAUAUUUGUUUAUAAUCAAAGCUAAAUGCCAAACUGAGUCCAUGUCCGACAUUGCUGUUUUCUUAUUAAAUUUAAGAAAUCAUUUAAAACAUGAA